CACACACACACACACAGCAACGGACAUACCGAGCCAGGAGACUGCGCCCACGAGACACGCGAGGCAAAUGGAGAUGUCAGCGCAGCAUCAGCCCACCGGCACGGUGAAGAGGAAGAGGUGGGGUGGUCUGAGGCAGCAGUGGAAGCUUCUGGGAUUAUUUGAGAUCGAUCCGCAGCACGAGUUUUACAGCCUGACCUGCAUGAUGAAGGAUGGGCUGGCUGCAGCCACGCAGAGCAGCGUCGACAGCGCACCCACAGCUGAACUGACAGACGAUGAUUUCACACUGCAGGCCACUCAGAUUCACAAGGACUUCACGAUGGAGACGUUUGCGGGCCCCGUGUUCGCCAGCCUGCGCGGCUCUCUGGGAAUGUCGGAGCAGGAGUACCAGCAGUCGCUCUGCUCGGAAAACUGUUACCUCCAGUUCAUCAGCAACUCCAAGAGCAAGGCCGACUUCUUCUUGACAAAUGAUAAACGCUUCUUUUUGAAGACCCAGAACAAAAGGGAAAUCAAAUUCCUUUUGGCCAACCUGAAGAUCUACAUGGAACACCUGAGGAAGUACCCGCAUUCACUGCUGGUCAAGUUCCUGGGUGUGCACAGGAUCAAAAUCCCUCACAAACGGAAGAAAUACUUCAUCGUCAUGCAGAGUGUGUUUUAUCCAGACGAUAGAAUCAACGCCAGGUUUGACAUCAAGGGCUGUGAGGUGAGCCGUUGGACCGAGCCGGCGCCAGAGGGAAGCCAGAUUAUCGUUGUCCUCAAGGACCUCAACUUUGAAGGCCAGUUCAUCACUCUGGACCGGCAGCGUCCCUGGCUGCUGCGGCAGGUGGAGAUUGACACACACUUCCUGCGGAGGCUCCAUGUGUUGGACUACAGUCUCCUACUGGCCCAUCAGCCUCUCCACCAAGACGAACGCCAUCAGAGCCUCUCCUUCGCUACGCUCAUUAUGAGAACCAAAAAAUCUGUGAAUCCAGGCUCCAGCCCGGUCCACGCAGGCACUGCAGCUGUCCCUGGUGCAGUCCCAGAAGAGGACUCUGUCUUACUUUUGUCUGAAGUAGAGGGUGGCCGUUUGAAGCCAGAAGAUGCUUCAGGCGGAGGAACUCUUCAAACAUGCCCUGAGCAUUCAGGGCUGGACGGGGACGCAUCUGAGCUUCCAGACUUCAGGGCCCAAAACCGCCGUUUACUGCCCAACUUAAAGAAUCCUCUGCAUGUCAUCGAUGGGCCGGAGCAGCGCUACUUCAUUGGAAUCAUUGACAUUUUCACAGUUUACAGUUUUAAGAAGAGGCUGGAGCAUUUUUGGAAGAGGCUGAGACAUCCAGGCCGAUCCUUCUCCACCGUCAGUCCACAGACUUACUCCGUCAGGCUUUGUCACUGGGUACAGGACCACACCAAGUAGAGCAGGGAGGCUGAUUUCCAAACAGCCGCUUGAUAAACCAAAGCUCCCACUCAUGAGUACACAGACUGUUGGGUUUCAGGCUUCUUGAAGCCACGCAAAGUCGCUUAAGUGUAACCAUUAGGUCAGUUCAGUCUUUUCCCAAACUUGUACUUUCUACCAAUAUUCACGAUGAGCCGCCAAACUGUCAAUGAGUUACGGCAAAUUUUCUGCUGAGCCCCGCCCGCUGAGACUGACAGCAUGGCAGAGUGUAUGUCAACCAGUCAUUGCUCAUGUAUAAACUAGCAUCAUACCUUAAUGGUUUAGACCCUUAACUAUCAUAGAGGCUGCCAAUCUCAAAUGAAGGCCCAGAUUAAAAAUGAAAGCAAAAGAAACAAAUGUACGCAGUCUGCCGGUGGGUUAAGAUAAAGGAACACUUCUGCUUUUUGCCAGAAUAUAACAGAAACCAACAUUUGGUGGGUUUGUCACAAGACAGGAUUUAGUAUUUUGGUAGACUUAAACCGCAGACAUUUUCCACUGUGGUUGCCUAAACUUAUUUUUGGUAAAAUAUUCCAAUACUCAGAAUCCCAGUGGGUUGUCCCUCGGGACCAGUUUGAGAAUGAUCUCAUCAACUUUGUUGAAAGUAACAUUAACCAAGUUUUGUAAUAUUUGAACAAAGACAUUGAUUUAUUCCACGACCUGUGCCAACCCCACACUCUUGAUAGCACCCUUUUACUGCAGUGAUUCCAGGACCAGUGUUGCCAGAUGGAAAAUACAGCAAUAUCGUACUGCGACUUUAAAAUGAUCGUAAUCAUUUAAAGUAUCGAACAUAUUUUAAAAAAGAAAUGUGUCCUCAAUACCACACUGAAUGGCAAAACUAUGCCCUGCACACCACAAGAAUGUAAGUAACAAAUGAACACAUUAUUCAAGUGUUGAUUUUUGGCUCCGCCUCCAGCCGCUGUGAAGCUAAGCUAGUAGCAUCUUAAAUUGUUGUGACAUGCAUUUUCCUACAGUCUGUCUGGCAUAAGGAACCACAGACGUGUCAGGGCAUCAGGUGAUGACUCAUCUGGCAGCAGAGUGGCGGGUCAGGUGUGGAUGUGAUGACCAUCUAAAGUCAUGCUGAUGUGAUUGGUUGCUCUCGAAUGACAAUGUUUGGUUGACAUUGAAAUGGCAAAAUUAUCGUACAUUUGGCCUUUUCUGCAAUCAUUGAUGAUACACCGUACAGAGGGCAAAAUUAUGGUACAAAUACGAUAGUUAUCG